AUGGAAGUGGAAGCGGAACCCGAAUCCAUAUUAUCGCCCGAAUUGCUGGGCCCCGUAUUUAAAACUGAAACCAUUACCCUGCGUCAGGCGUUGUAUGACAGCAUAACCCAAAGAAAAUUGAGUCUCUUGGCUACUUUUGUUCCGGACGAGCUGAUUUUGCUGAUCGCGGAACAAGCCAAACUCGUUGAGCACAACUUUGUCAUCUUGCUCCUUCUGGACGUAUCCAGUUUGUACGCGCUGUUCGACAGAUUCUCCAAUUGCCAAAACAACGGGAGCUCCGGUUUGUCGUACAUGUUCAAUUUGUGCACCAGCGCCCUCAUCGAGCAGAUAUACAUCAACGAGGGUGACGUUCUCCAAUUGUCGAAUAGCGGGAUAUUGUCGAUGUGGAAGCAAAACGACAGUGACUCGGUACCCGAGGCCAUGCGGAAAGUCAUCUCGUGCGCGUUUGCUUUAAAGGAAGCUCUGAGGAACUUGGAAAACGACUACUUUGACUUGUCGGAAGUUCUCAUAAAAAGCGCCAUAAGCGCGGGAAGCCUGACUUUUGUAGAAAUCGGUAACAGUGACGUCCGCCACCAUACAGUCGUUGGAGAUCCGAUGGUUGCCAUCACCAAGGCUAUCAAGCUGUCCAACACCAGUGAUGUAGUGCUCACCAAAAACGCCUGGAAAUUUUGCAAUCCGUCAGAUUACGUUCACGUAAUUGACGACAAAAACUACAUAAGUAUAACCAAAGUACUCGAAAAACAGACUUUAUUGAAAAUCAGUGAUUGUAAAAACAACGUUGAACUGAUUUGCAAGCCGGAUAAAAAAAAAUUGGAGUCCAUAGUGAAAAAGCACCAUUACUAUCGAGAAAUUUCAAAGGCAAUCGCUGCUAUGGAAACUUCUUGUCAGAACACGUUGAAAAAACGCGAAUGCCUGGCUAUUGCUCGCUGCAAAGAAACUGAAAAAAAGAUCCUGGAGAAUCGUCUUCAGUUACUCGAUUCUUGUGGAAACAAAAUAGAUGAAAUCCUCAAGAGUUUUGUCAUUUUACCAGUUUUGAAACAAAUCGAAGACGACCAACCUCUAGAACAUUUGACGGAGAUGAAGAUAGUAACCAUCGCCAUGAUCGAGAUUUCGUCUUCGGCGAGCACGGAUCUCAUUUUCCUCGCCGACUAUUGUCACGCCAUGAUCACAAAAGUUUGCGAGGACGUGGGUUGGAUCGAAGGUGUGAGCCUACACGAGUCGAGUAUUGUGUUUCGCAUUGUCUUCGGCAUUCGCGGGUAUUUGAAGAAUCUCAACUAUUGCCGUUUUGGCGUCAAGUGCGCCUGGGUACUGCUGAACCUAUUGAGGCGAGAAAACGAUGUAGAUAAAGUAUCCGUGGGCGUUGCUACAGGGAUGGUGUGUUGCAUGGCGACAGGACACGUUGCGCGACAGCAGUACACCUUUAUCGGACCUCCGUUCACCAAAGCUGAGCUAAUAAUGCUCGCCUCGACCAACAAGGUCGCCUGCGAUCAUGACACGGUCAUAUACAGCGAGAUGAAGAAGACACACUUUGUAUUAGCCGAAUUAAUUGACUUGGAAGGAUACCCCAGUGGAUAUAUUUUUUCUUACACCGACAUAUCCGAAGUCGAAGAGCGACUACUUCACGAUCUCAAGACCGCCUAUCCCAUACUGGGCAGAUUUGAAGAGCUAGACCUUUUCAGCGGCAUACUGGACGACAUCGGGUUACCAGACCGCAGUCUCGCUGGCAUCGUAAUCGAGGUACGUGUAACAAAAAAAAUCUAUAAUCACACUCCAAACUUUGCCAACUUUUCCGUGCAGGGCCAGAACAGGGCAGGCAAAUCUCGCGUCCUGGACAUGUUUGCCACGCUCGCGAGAGCCAGGCAGAUAAAAGUGAUCAAAGUCGCCCUCCAUCCCCCGUUCACGAUGAAGCCGUACUCGACAAUCCAUAAAGUUUUGAAGCAGAUUCUCGGAGCCGAUCAUUGCAAAUCGACGGUCGAGCUCGAACGGGAGGUCGUGAAAAAACUGAGCAGUCUACUGCCGGUGCAGGACUUUUGCUACCUGAACAAAGUCCUGCGGGUGCAGUUCCAGAUGUCCGAGCAGUACAUCGUCGACAGCGACUGGGACCGGCACAACAAGACGAUCGGCAUCUUUGACAAGAUCUUGAAAAUGAAAAAUCAAAAGCUGUGUAUCCUGCUCGACGACGUGCACUUCAUGGACUACAUGUCCUGGCAGUUUUUGACCCAUGCUCUGGCCAACAAAAACGUCAUAAUGGCCAUGACGAUCCUCGAGAUCCAGUCCUGGCAGAGGCUGUCCAGGGUCGAGGUGGAGAUUUGCAAGGACCAGCGUUUACUCAGACGGACCUUGACCAACUUGGAGUUGGACCAGCUGCCAGUUCUCGUCUGUCAGUUCUUGAACGUCCAAGCUCUGUCGACUGAAUUGCACGACUUCAUACUGAGAUCGGGAACGAAAAUACCCGGAUGGUUCGAGGUGUUUUUGAGCCUGAUGAUCGUGUGCAACGGCAUCGACGUAGUUCACGUAACUCCGAGCGAAGUGACGAGUCAGCCACUGGUUUUCUUGGGAUCUUUGUUGAGCACGCGGAUAGAGGCUGAAGUGUUUCCGGACGAAGUAGCGCCUGCCGAGCCUUGGAACAAAAAGAACAAGGUACCGGUCUGCGUGACUAACGAGAAUUUCAGGAUCGCCGAGCAGUUCAGGAUUCUGGACAUAAGUGGCUUGGCAUCGGAAAUAUUCACGAGGCUCUCGGUCAACGAGCAACACAUCGUUCGGUGUGCCGCUGUGCUCGGGAAGGCCUUUGUCCGACGAUCGCUCGAAAUUAUAGUCCCUAACAAUCAGUCGUGGAUGAUGUCCUCAGCGAUCGAGAAGCUGAUGCGAGCGCGAAUAUUCGAGUGCGCGUCGUUGCAGAAGCAACGCACGGGGGUCGGCGAACUCGCCGUCUGUUCCUUCGAGCCAAGGAUCACUUUCUCGGACAUGCACCACUUGCUGCGCUGUCGCUGCCAGCUACGCUACAUUCCACCUCCAGAGGUGGAUUUGGCGCGUUACGCCCACUGCCGAUUUAUGGAGUUCAAAGUUGGCGUAUUCCGGGAUGAGAUGUACGACAACAUACCCGAGCCCGAGAGAAAACGGAUUCACGAAAAAAUCGUCGAUAUCUACAAGAUUGACGCGAGGAAAUGCACUGCCUGCGGGGGUGGGCCUUUCCUCAAGAUUCCCGGGAAGGAUAAACCGAAAAAAACGUCCGAUCCAUUGGUGCCGAUCGUCACGUCGAGUGAUUUCGAGCCAAUGGUGGCGCGGUUUAGCUCCUCGACACUGACGAUAAACAGCGAGUUACAGGAAGAUCCAAGCCAAGAAUCGUCUGAUGGUCAAGGAACCUCGUUUGAAACUAAUGACGCCGAUGAUUUACCCAGCUUCAGUGCUCACCGAGUGAUCGAUAAGCCAAAACGCACGAGAAAAAUAUUUAGAAAAAAUUCCCAAGUUCAUCCCCUUGCGUGCGAUGAAAUUGACCUGAACUCUCAGUUGAGCCAUUUCAAUUACAUGGAUCUUCGAAACUGCUACUGCCUCAGUUACAUCGAUUGCGUUUACGCAAGACUCCAAUACCACCUUGACUGCACGGACAAUUACGGGAAAAUAAUCGACUUUGAGAUGGAAUAUGCAGCAGCACUUAUAAAUCACGGACAGCCUGGUUACGCGCUGAGCUUUUUAGCUAAGGCGGACGAAAAGAAUGACUUUUCAAGUGCUAGCAGCUCUCGAAAAAAGGGAGUACUACAUCAAAAAACGAUCAAGAGAAGCACGAUUCUCUGUUUGAGAGGCAAAGCUUACUUGCUUCUCGGCAAUUAUCCACAAGCAAAAACCAAUUUCUGUGAGGCUCUGUCCCUGUACAAGACCAAUUUUACCACGAACGAGCUGUUAACGGGUUACAGAACGAUGUACGAGCAAAUGAAACAAACCGCCCGUUGGAUACUCAUUCACCCUCUUACCAACACCGGUACCGAAAAAACGAAACACGAGCAAAAGUUGAACGUCGUCCGACAAAAUACCGCGAUGAGCCUGAGUUUGGUUUCUACGAUACUUGUGUUGAACCAUCGUCCCAAGGCAGCAAAACUUGCGUCCACGCAGAGUAUUGUCUUCGGCUUUUCAAGUUUCGAACCAAGCAAUUUUCACAAUCAAUGCCAAUUGUAUCUGAGUUUUGCGAAAAUUUAUGGACAGCUUGGACAGUUUUCGUAUAUGAAGCAGGUUGAGGAGUACGUGUUAUUUGUCAUACGUCAAAAAAAAGAAUGGCACAGCAGCGGAGAUAUAGAAAUAUUGAUGCACGUGUAUGCGUGUAUUUUUAAUACGAGUUGGCUACGAGGAUACCUCGGGAAAGCAGUUCAUUUUGGGGAAAAGGCCCUCACUGUGGCAAAGGCCUUUCACGACAUUCGAGUAAAAUUCAAAGUGCUGGUAUCCCUGAUUCAGACAUUGAUGUGCCUGAAACGCGUCUGUGAAACGAUAGACAUGUUGCAGCAGCUUCGCGAUUACUCAGUCGAGGACAUAGAUAAAUCGGCAUUGACGUGGUACUACGCACUUUGCGUGGAUCUGUUUUUAGACACGGGAUUGCUCGUCGAGAGCUUUGAGAGUUGCUCUAGUUACGCCUGCAAAAUACUCGCUGGAAAAUCGGGUUACUGCGUGACUCGCGACCCAAGAGGAUUCAAACGUCUCGUGGCUGGAUUGUGGUUAUGGCAACUACGAAAAGGAGAUCUGAUGUCCAUGACUUUCGUUCAAGAAUUGGAUUUCUUCAUGCACGACGUAGUUCUCGACGAUUGCUCGCAGAUCAUAACGCUGUGCAAGAUAUUAGAGUGUCAUCUGCUGCUGCUCACGCGCUGCAUCAACAUGAAAAGGGGCAGUCAAAUGGAGCUGCUUCUGGUGGACAUAAAGUUACUGCUAAAAACACUGGACAAAAUCGUGGCAAGCACAAACUUUAUCAAACCUCGCUAUUUACUGCUCUGCGCUUACUUUAGUCUCCUGCACUCCAACACUGUUCUGACGAAUGCCAAAUUACGCCGAGCCAAAAAAUUCGCUGAAUCUCAGAUGAACGCCAUGACGCUCGCCUGGAUCGUCCGCAACAAAACCACUUGGUCGGCUGUGAUUUACAAUAACAUGGCCAGCUACUGGGAAGAAAACAUUGGCUGUCACAACGCCAUCACUUGGCAAGACCUCGACACCUUCGACCUCAACGACUGGUCCAACAUCCUGUAUUCCCUGCCGAUUCCCGACUCUUACAUAUGACGAGCCUUACAUACACGUCAACUCUCUUUUUUUCUCCUUGCCACAUCUCGUAAUAUGUUUUGUAGUACGUGUGCGUGUGAAGGACACGCUUUGCAGAAAUAAUGAACUUAAAGUAUGAUAUUUUAUAAACUAAGUGUGUAGAAUUUUGUCAUGUUACUGGAAUUUAAAAUAGUAAUAAAAAAAAUUCAACUCCCUA